AUGACGGGCCAUAAAGCGGGUCACGUGCAAGUCUUACUCCGCGGCCCGCCCCACCGUGACUUUCUCGAAGGCUUCCCGGGCAUCGUCGCUGGCGCCGGCCGACCACCCGUCACUGUCAAGGGCACUGUUGAGGUCCGCACCUCUGGCACAAAGGCCAAAUGGGUGCGCGUCUGGAUCAAGAAAUGCGAGCGUGUGCCUUCGAGCGGGGUCGGCAAGGGCUCGGCCCAGAGCUCGACUGGCCUUGUCGGCGCGGCGCAUGAUUUGUGGAAACCGCAAGCAGGUAAGGAGUUUGACAUGCUCUUCACGGCCGACUUCGACUUCAUCCUCCCCUUCCCCGUCCAUGCGCCUCCAACCACUGAGCAGAGUGGAUGCAAUAUCACGUACGAGUUGGUUGCGGCCGUGUGCCACAAGGGCAAAGGCGGUCUGUUUCGGAAAGACGUGAGCCAGACCGUGAAGAACGUGGCAGAGCUCCGUAUCGUCAAGUACGAGCUGGCGAGCGCGUGGCCAGUCUACAACCAGCUCGAGCAGCGCACGGCCAGCGCCCUCAAUGGCGCGGUCAGUUUGGUCGUGGAUCGGCCAAUCCAAGCGUUUGGACCAGGCGACAGGAUUGUUGUGACCGCCACGAUGAAGAGUGAGGCCCAGAACCAGUUUCGCCUCAAGGGCUUUGAGAUGUCGCUCGUCGAGAUCCUCACCAUCCAUCCGCCCAGACCCGACCCGAAGAAGAAGGCAAAGGCACCAUCUCCGUCCGUCGUCAAACGCCAGCAAGUGUGCACGACCCGCGUCGUCGCCGACGGCCUGGUUGUACCCGGUGGCGAGCGCGGCGCGAGAUUAGACCUCGUGGUUCCGCAGGAUCGCCAGCUGCUCACCGUAAGAGGUGCCACCGACUUUCAAGUCGAGUACGAGCUCGUCGUCGAAGCGACGUGCGAUGGUGGACCCAGCAAGGUGAUCCUCGGCGGCAUGCAGUGUAUCAUUGGGACGCUUUCGCGCUCGUUAGCGCAGAGUACCGUCAAACAAAUCGGCUUCGUACAGGGCCUGUGCCCAAGACCGCCACUUGGCACUGCUCCUCAGCUCUCUCCGUCGAUCCCCGGGUCAGUCACGGGCAGCUCGAACUCGAAGACGGGCUCGCAGGACAACAACCACUUCAACAACGGGCCAACUCGCGGACACCAGUCGAGCAUGUCGGCAGACGGUUUCCUCGCAGCCGAGCCGAACCCGUACUACCGUCCCCAAUCGAUGAACCCGCCUCCCAAGGGGUACAAUACCCCGUCUCCGCCACCAGCCAUGCCAUCGAUGCAACUCGGGUACCAACAGAUGCCUAACCAAGGUUUCCAACAGCCAUAUCAUCAGCAUCAGCAGUAUCAACAGCACCAGGCGUUCCAGCGCCAACAACAGGCAUUCCAGCAGCAAACCGCUUACGGACCACCGCCGAAUGCCUACCAGCAGCAGAACCCGUACGGGCAACAACAACCGCAGCAAGGGUUUGUGCCGCGCGAUUCGUAUCGCCGCACCUCGACGGGCACGACAACUACAACUACAACUUCGUUCACGGACCAUGGUCCGAUGUCGGACCGGAACGUCGCUACCAUGCCUGUUUCCGGCCGCACAAGCAUUGCGUUCCCGUCGCCGAAUCUUCAUCGCGCGACAGACGCUGGCUUUGGCCCGAUGGUCGAAGAGGCUGAGUCGAUGUACCACCGCCCACAGUCUGACAUCAUCCCGCACGGCAACAGCAACCGCUUCUCCGCUCAAGGGACCGGGACAUUCGGGCAGUGGAACGUGCAGAACAUCGAUCGUCUCACCAACUCCUUCUCGCCCACAACGACUAUGAUCCCGACGGCGGAUGAGGCGUCCAUGAACCAGUCCACCGCGCGGCCCGAGUCGAUCAACACGACCCCCACACGUGCGACCGCUGGGUGGGUCACGGCGGCCAACGAGAAGCAACGCCUUUAUGAGCAGGCGCGGGACCGUGCGGCCAACUCCCAGGCUGAGCACGGCAGGGUGUUAUCCGACAUCGGGAUGGAGAUCCCAUCCGGCGCGCCACCCGAGUACACGCCGCCUCCGAAGCCCGCAACCCCCAUGCAGCAGAUGCAGGCGCAGUCGACGAUCCACGACAGCCCGCAGUCGAUCAUAUCCGGCGGGGACAAGCGCAUCGUCUCCGCCUAUGGCCCAUCAAACGGUUCGGCUGUGUCACCUGUCAUUGAGCCGCCGUCUGAGGACCCCGUUCCCUACCAACAGCUCUUCGGGCCCUCUGCGUCGCCCGGCUCAUCGGCAACCAAGCUGCCAGCAGCUCCUUUGAGCCGUGGGGAAUCUCCCGCGCAAAGUGCGCAUAUGUCCGCAGCGGAGGAGAAGGACAUUAUGCGGCAGCGAUACGAGGCAGCGCAGGCCGGCGUCGCGCGCUUCGCCGGUAAUCAGAACGGCCACAUCUCGCCGCAAUCUACUGGGCACGGACAGGACCUGAAGCAAAGCUCCCGCAGCAUCCAACAGCAGUACAUGGGCGCUGCAGACGAGAAGGACAUGAUGCGGCGCAGGUACGAGGAGGCCAAGUGGCGAGUGGAUGGGGCUGGAGAAAGCAGCUCCGCCAGUGGCGCAGGCCAAUCUUCGGUCGCGCCAUCCACCCAGACGCCGUCCUCCCAUCCAUCACCCACCCAAGCGUCACCCCAGACACCCAAGGUACAGCAGGCAUACAUGUCUGCUGCGGACGAAAAGGACAUGAUGCGCCGCCGGUACGAGGAUGCGUCGAAUGCCGUUAAUCGCGCGGCUGGUAGCAGCCCGCAAGCCGCUGGUCCGUCUAACCCUGUGGUGCGCACACCAGAGGCUGCCGCAUACAUGUCAGCAGCUGCGGAGAAGGAGUUGAUGCGGAAACGGUAUGAGGAGGCAACGACUGCCGUGAGCCGCGCCGUGGGCGUCAGUGCGGGCCCAUCGACGCAGGCGAGUCCAGCCACCCCGACGGCCUCGCAGUCAGCUGCACACACGCAGACCAGCCAAGCCGCCGCUUCCCCGGUCCCAGCGGGAUACAUGUCUGCUGUCGAAGAGAAGGAGAUGAUGCGCAGACGUUACGAGGAAGCCACAAACGCUGUUAACCGCUCGGCGGAGACGGCCGGGGCCGGUCCCUCCAGCGCCCCAGUCGACACGCCCAUCCCGUCAGCUUACAUGUCCGCGGAGCAGGAGAAGGAAAUGAUGCGCAAGCGGUACGAGGAUGCGACUAACGCUGUUAACCGCGCCGCCGAGCUGAGCCCAUCGCCGGCUUCUACGGCACAAUUCGCUCGAGCCCCGUCUAGUCCGCCGGCUGCAUCGACCCAACCGGGCCCGUCCAUUCCGGCGGCGUACAUGUCCGCGGAGCAGGAGAAGGAAAUGAUGCGCAAGCGGUACGAGGAUGCGACUAACGCUGUCAACCGCGCCGCCGAGCCGAGCCCAUCGCAGGCUUCUACGGCACAAUUCGCUCAAGCCCCGUCUAGUCCGCCGGCUGCAUCGACCCAACCGGGCCCGCCCAUUCCGGCGGCGUACAUGUCCGCGGAGCAGGAGAAGGAAAUGAUGCGCAAGCGGUACGAGGACGCGACCAGCGCCGUCAACCGCGCUGCGGGCAUGGACUCGGCUGGUGCUGGGCCAUCCUCAGCUCCUGCUGCUUCGUCUUCAUCUGCUGUUGCUGCUGCGACAUCGUCCUCUGCACCGUCCGACCAGCCAGUCCCGUACGACGAGCUCUUUGGCCCACCUACCGGCCCAUCGACAGGACCCUCGACGACAUCCCACAUGUCUGCUGCCGACGAGAAGGAUGCUAUGCGCCUCCGAUACGAGGAGGCGACGAACGCGAUGAACCGUGCAGGUGGCCCAUCAACAUCGACGGUUCCACAGCGGAGCAUGACGCUGCGUGAGCGCAUGAUGUCUGCGCUGCCGGAUGGGCCACCGCCGCCGCUUGCACCGCGUCCUCCGCGUGAGUAUGUGGAGAUGUUGGAGCAUCGGAAUGCAUAG